AUGGCCACAGUGCAAUCAUCUGGACUGUCGAGCCUUUUACGGGGAAACCUCCCGCCGGAGCCACGGAUCGCUGCGAAGAGCUCAGCCGGUCCGGCUCCGACAUGCCAUACGAGGCUUGCGGUGUGCGCCAUUCGCGCUCGAGCCGACGGUAGAAGCAGGUCCGGAAGAUUCGCCGCUUCUUCCGCAGCAGCCGCUUCCAGCACCUCGCUCAUCCCCGCAGCGGCAGCCCUUGCCUCGGACUCGCCCACACCCGAUGCCGUCGCCACCGUCGCAGAUGCGACGUCGACAGUCGCAGAGGGCGAGGGGCUGGACAUUGGCUUCAGCUUCAACGACCUAGACCUGGGGCUGGAUGCGUCUUCUGCUGAUAAUGCUGCUGAUGCUGCCGCGGGUGCAGCAGAUGCUGUGUCUGCUGCUGCCGAUAGUAUCGCAGUGCCGGACGAGGUGCUUGACCUGCCCGCCAGCUCGGCCCUUCCAGACCUGCCCGACCUGCCCAAGUUCUCGUAUCCCACCAGGGAUGUCGCCCCUACUUUUGAGAAACCAGGAUUUAGCAUGCCCGAAUUCAAGAAGCCCGAAUUUACCAUGCCCGAGUUUAAGAAGCCUGAGUUUGAGUUUAGCUUGCCUGAAUUCAAGAAGCCGGAAUUCAGCCUACCUGACUUCCAGAAGCCAGAUUUUAGCCUGCCUGAUUUUAAGAAACCCGAAUUUUCGCUACCCGAAUUCAAGAAGCCCGACUUUGCGCUCCCCGAGUUCAAGAAGCCCGAAUUCUCGUUACCAGAGAACCUUUCAGACCUGAAGGCGCCUUCCUUUUCGCUGCCCGAAUUUUCCAAACCAGAAUUCAAGCUGCCUGACUCAUCCGAGCUCCCUCUCCCUAAGACCGACUUCAAGCUGCCCGACUUACCCACCCCAGAGUUCAACCUGCCCGAGAUCCCGCUUCCAUCCUUCCCCAUCCCGAGCCUCCCCUCCCCCUCGAACCUCCCCGUCCCGAAGCUAACCGUGCCUCGGGCAAUUUCCGAGCCUGUGGAAAACGCGGUGGCGGCGGCGACCGCGUCGGUUGCGGACUCGGCGGCGGCGGCGGCGGCAGUGGCGCAGCGGGAGUACCUGGCGGCGUAUUCGGCGCUGCGCGAGAGCGUGCCUGCGGACGCGCUGCCGCUGGUGGAGAAGGUGGAAGCCAACCUCGCUUCGCUGUGGGACGCUGCUAGCGGACUGACCAAGGAGGUGGCGGUGCAGGUGGCGGUGCUAUCAGCAGCAGCGGUGAGGGCAGCGUUUGGAGCAGCAGGCUUUGAUGCGGACGACACUGUCGUGGCCGCCACUCUCAUUGCCACCGGCACGCUGCUGCUUGGCGUGGCAUACUGGAGGGCGGCGUACGGGGGGUAUUCGGGCAACCUGUCAGCGGAGGAGGCGCUGGAGGUGCUCAAGGAGAGCAAGGCCGUGCUCGUUGACAUCCGCCCUGAGUUCCUGAGGGACGAGAACGGCAUCCCUGACCUGCGCAGGGGGGCGCGCUUCAAGGACUGCAGCGUCAAGUUCGAGAAGCUGGACGGCCCUCUGAGGGGCCAGGUGCGCAGCCCAGACGUGGUGGAUCUGCAGCUCAUGGCCGCUAAGAUCAAGGGCGUGAGAGGCGUGCAGAAGGACACGCAGGUGAUAAUAAUGGACGAGAGCGGUGGCAACCUCGCAAAGGAGAUCGCCAGGGGUCUCUCCAGAGUGGGCUUUAAGCGCUCGUUCGUGAUGGACGGGGGCUUUGACUCGUGGGUGGCCAGUGGUCUGCGAGUCAAGCCCAACGAGCCCGAGCGAGCAGCUGAAGUGCUCAAGAAGGAGUACGAGGCGUUUGUGGAGGACGUGCAGCCCACGCCCCUGGGAGUGGCCACUGUGGUGCUCGGCACCGGAGUCGGCAUCUUCGCCCUCAUUGAGUGGGAGCGGUCGCUGCAGCUGCUGGGAGUGCUGGCAGUGGUGCAGCUGAUCUACCUGCGCGUCAAGACGUACGAGACCGAGGAGGACCUGCAGCGGGACGUGCGAGCACUGCUGACGCCCUUCUCUCUCGCAGCCUCAGCAGCAGGGUGGGCCCUCGGCACCUCCUCUUCUGCCUCUGCAGCACCCAAGGCCGCCAAGCAGCUCACAGAUGGAGAGGGUGAAGGGGGGAGCAAGAGCAAGGCUUCAGAGGCUUCCAGUGCGCCUGCUGCUGCUGCCACCUCAGCUGCUGAUGUGGCAGUUCAGACUGACAACGGCAGUCUUGCUGUUGCACCUGAAGCCGAUGCACCAGCACCAGCUGCAGCAGAAGCGCCAGCUGCAGCAGAGAGAACAGAAGCUACAGUAACGAGUGAGGCGAGCCUUGAUAAAGCCACGAGUGCAGCAGUGACAGAAACUCCUACUACAGAGAGCAGCGCACCCUCUUCUGAUGUGCCUGCCCCUGCCCCUGCUGCCCCUGCCCCUGCUGCUGCUGUAGCAGAGUCAGUUGUUGAGUCACCAGCUUCCCCUUCCACCGCAGCAGCGAUCGAGGCAGCAGCUGCACCACCCUCGCCCCCUAAGCCCACCCCCAGCACCGCCACCAGCACCCCCACAUCGUCCGUUGACAACGCAUAG